GUGAUAUUUAAUAUUUUAUUUUAGUUCACAACUAAAUAUUUCCAUUUCAAAAGUUCAUAUAUAAUAGUUAUUUUAUUUAUUUUAAUUUUGUGUAUUAUUUUUGAAAUAUUCGAACAAUAAUAUCUUGUGAUUGAAAUCAUGUAUUCCUCUAUAAUUAUAUUGUCAAAAUCCCCUUCAUUUCAAGUUUAAUGUAUUAUAUAAGACAAUACAAGUGGCUUAUUAGAUAUCGCAAACUUUAUUUCUUAACGAAGACUAAAGCAUAUUCUCCAAAACCGUUGGAUUCUACUAAAAAUGAGAUUACAAAACCAAGUGAAUCGCCUUCUUCUAACCAGGAAUUUAUAAGUCCUCUUUACACUCAAAAGCCUGGGAUGUUUGCUAAACCUGGAGUUCUUUUUAAAGAUGAUAAAACGAGUAGAUUCAGGACUUACAAACUAUACUUUUUCUCCUUCGUUUCAUUCAUUGUAAUAGUUUCAAUGAUUAAAAUAAUACCUCCAGGUCAUGUUGGAAUCGUUGUUCGAAAAGAUGGGAAAGUUGACCAAUUUAACAAUAAGGGCCGUUUGGCUUUAUUUCACAUACCUUUCAUUGAAAAGCCUAUAGCUUUUAGGAUAACCCCUAUAAGAAAAAAGAUCAUUAGAACAUGUGAAACAUCUGAUGGUAAGAAGGUUGAGGUUGUUAUUUUCCUUACACUAGCAGCAAAGGUUCCAUUUUCUUCACACAUUUAUUCCAUUUACGGAGUUAACUUCACUAAUGGUUUUGUUGAGAAAGAACUCAACUUUGAUAUUGAUCAAGUAAUUAAAAAGUUCAAAAUGGAUGAUUUGAUCCUGAGUCCUGAUAUUAUAGAGAAUUUGGAACAUAAAAAAGGGAAUAUAUACACUAUAAACAGUUCAAUCGACAAAGCAAACGAGGAGUUGAUUGAACGAUUCAAUGACGCCGGAACAUUCAACAAAAUCCUGGUUUCAGAUGUAAAUAUAAGUUAUAGAAGACCAGAUUUAGCAACGGAUCCGUACUAGUGAAAUUUUAUAAAAAUAGUUUUAAUUAUGCCCAUUUGAAUAUUUUAAUUGUAAAUUAUAAAGAAAUCAGAGAUACUAGAGCCGUUUCCUUAUCUCUAACAUUGCAGGACCUAAUAUUAUAUAACUUAA